AUGAUUGAGACCAUCAUUACCAUCGCGUUUGUCCUGUCGACUGCGCUGACGGUGUUGAUUCUGUUGCUGCCGUCUCAGUAUGAACCACGCCCGUCCCCCCAGGAGAAGCCGAGGCCAAGUGUGCAGAUCCUCGUCUUGGGGGAUAUCGGUCGGAGUCCACGCAUGCAAUACCACGCGUUGAGUAUUGCGAGGAAGGGUGGGCUGGUAGUGAUCGUCGGAUACAAAGAGUCCGACCCGCAUCCCGAUAUCAUGUCGCAUCCUAAUAUCUCGAUUGUUCCUCUUCGACCCCAUCCGGCUAUUUUACAGACGAGCAAUAAGCUCCUGUUUGCCACUUACGGACCACUGAAAGUGAUUUUCCAGGUAGUGUGCCUGUGGAAAUGUUUGGCAUAUACUACCCCACCGAGCCGGUGGCUUCUCGUGCAGAACCCUCCCUCAAUCCCUACAUUAGCAGUGGCAUCGUUGUCCUGCUUCUUGCGACAAACACGACUUGUCAUUGACUGGCAUAAUUUCGGAUAUUCAAUUCUAGCAUUGAAGCUCGGCCCAGCCCACCCCUUCGUCAAGUUGUCGAUUUGGUACGAAAAGACCUUUUGCAAGAUGGCAUCGGCCCACUUUUGUGUCACCGAUGCCAUGCGAUCCGUACUCAAAAGAGAGUUCCAGCUCCAAGCACCUAUUCUGCCACUGCACGAUCGGCCCGCCAGUCAUUUUCAUCCAAUCACCGACCCUAAGGAGCGUACCGAGUUUCUCACCACUCUCCCAGAGAUGGAAGGGUUGCGGUCUUCGUUAGACUCGGGGAACCUGCGGGUUCUCGUGAGCUCAACUUCCUGGACCCCCGAUGAAGACUUCUCGGUCCUCAUCGACGCUCUGCUACAGUACUCUGAAAAAGCCGUAUCACAACCAGAGCUUCCAGAGAUACUGGCAGUAAUCACUGGAAAGGGUCCUCAGAAACAAAUGUACUUAGAGAAGAUCACGGCCCUCGAGGCUGCCGGCAAGCUCCAGAAAGUCACGAUCCGCACAGCAUGGCUGACGGUACCGGACUAUGCACGUCUCCUCGCAUCAGCCUCCCUUGGGGUCAGCCUACACACUAGCAGUAGUGGUGUGGAUCUCCCAAUGAAAGUCGUUGAUAUGUUCGGGGCUGGUUUGCCGGUCGUUGGCUGGAAUCGCUUCGAAGCAUGGCCGGAGCUGGUGACCGAAAGAGUGAAUGGAAUGGGAUUCGGAAGCACGGCUGAAUUACUGGACCGGCUAGUGGAGUUGUUCGGCAAUGAUCAGAAGUUGGAAAGCCUUCGAGCAGGUGCUCAGAAGGAAAGUGAAAGGCGGUGGGACGACGAAUGGGAUCCUAUUGCCGGAUAUUUGUUUGGCUUAACCGAGUCACAAUAG